AUGGGAAGCAAAUGGCGAAAAGCAAAGCUGGCUUUAGGUCUAAACCUGUGUCUCUACGUCCCCAAAACGCUAGAGGACUCUUCUUCUCCUUCGAGAAGAUCCGACGACACCGUUUCGCUUUCUCCGGUAAUGGCUCGAAGGCCCACGACGCCGGUUCCUUCCUCCUCUGGUCUCCGAUUGCCUAGGUCCAUUAGCAAAUCCUCAUCAAAGAAAACGUGUGCCAUAUGCUUGACGGCGAUGAAACCAGGGCAAGGCCAUGCAAUCUUCACAGCGGAAUGCUCUCACGCGUUUCAUUUCCACUGCAUCACCACGAACGUUAAACACGGGAACCAGGUUUGUCCCGUUUGUCGCGCCAAAUGGAACGAGGUCCCUCUCCAGAGCCUUAGCGCCAAGUCUAAACCGAUAGGUCGACCAAGAGACGAUGCAUGGAUGACAAUACCACCACGCAGGUCGUCUCAGCUUCAGGCUUCUCCACGGCCUGCCAGUCUAAGGCCGGUCUCUUCCAUCUUUCACAACGAGCCUGCAGUUUUCAACGAUGACGAGGCUCUUGAACAACAACAUCAAGAACGUCCUGCUGAAUCCAAACCUGGUGUCACUGGGAGACUGGAAGUGAAAACAUACGCAGAGGUCUCUGAAGUGGUGAGAUCCGUUUCGUUUAAAGACUUCGCUGUGCUGAUCAACCUGAAAGCUCCUGCUGCUUCAAAGUCUUCUUCUCGUGCUCCUAUUGAUCUCAUCACGGUUCUUGAUGUGAGCGGAAGCAUGGCGGGAUCAAAGCUGGCGUUGCUGAAACGAGCGAUGGGGUUUGUGAUUCAGAAUCUUGGCCCGUUCGACCGUCUCUCGGUGAUCUCCUUCUCCUCCACAUCUCGCAGAAACUUCCCUCUCCGUCUCAUGAACGAGACCGGUAAGCAAGAGGCCUUGCAGGCGGUUAACUCGCUGGUCGCAAACGGAGGGACUAACAUUGCGGAGGGGUUGAAGAAAGGCGCUAGGGUUUUGAUCGACCGGAGAUUCAAGAACCCGGUGUCGAGCAUCGUGCUGUUAUCUGAUGGUCAAGAUACAUACACCAUGACUAGCCCCAAUGGGACCAGAGGGAAAGAUUACAAGUCUCUGCUUCCUAAAGAGAUCAACGGGAACAAGAUCCCGGUUCACGCGUUCGGGUUCGGUUCUGACCACGACGCUUCCUUGAUGCAUUUCAUUGCUGAGAGCUCCGGAGGGACGUUUUCUUUCAUAGAGUCGGAGACGGUUAUACAAGACGCCUUUGCGCAGUGUAUUGGAGGUCUGCUUAGCGUUGUGGUGCAAGAGCUUUGCGUUAAGAUUGAGUGUGUUCAUGAAAUGUUGCGGAUUGGUUCGGUUAAAGCUGGAAGCUACCGGUUUAAUAGCGGUACGGAUUCGAGAACCGGGUCUAUUGGAGUUGGUGAUCUCUACGCAGAGGAAGAGAGGAACUUCUUGGUGAAUCUUGAUAUUCCCGUUGUGGAUGGAGUUUCGGAUCCGAUGUCGUUGCUCAAGGUUCGUUGCGUUUACAGAGAUCCGGUUACGAAAGAGGACGUUGAUUUGAGCAGUGCCGGCGAAGUGAAGAUCCUCAGGCCGGUGGUGAUGGCGGAAGGAAGCAGAGCUGUGGUUUCGAUUGAAGUUGACAGACAGAUAAUUAGGUUACGUGCUGCGGAAGCAAUCUCUGAAGCUAGGGUUUUAGCUGAGCGCGGUGAUUUGACUGAAGCUGUGUCGGUUCUCGAGACUUGUCGUGUGGUGUUGAACGAGUCUGUGUCGGGACGAGCUGGAGAUCCGUUGUGUGCCUCGCUGUAUGCAGAGCUGAAGGAGACGCAGGAGAGAAUGGCGAGCCGUCAAGUGUACGAGGCUUCGGGUAGGGCUUACGUUCUCGCCGGACUGAGCUCGCACUCGUGGCAACGAGCGACGGCGAGAGGGGAUAUGAGUGAUACGACGACGUCGAGUUACCAGACGCAGACUAUGGUGGAUAUGGUGAAUCUUUCUCAGACCAUGACUUUCGGAAUCCCUAUCGCUAGCUCUAAUUCGAACACGAAUUCGACUUCUUCAAGUCCGUCGGCGCAGAGGAAACUCCGGCAAGCUCUGUCUUUUCCGGCGAGGCCAAGACCUAGGUGA